AACAAAAGCAAUUGAAGAAGUCAAUUGAAGCAAUUGCGAUAACGAACGAUGUCCUACGAUCGUGCCCUCUCCGUUUUCUCGCCUGAUGGCCGCUUGUUGCAAGUCGAAUACGGUCUCGAAGCCGUCCGUCGCGGAACCUGUGCCGUCGCCGUCAAAGGCAAAAACACCGUCGUUCUCGGCGUUGAAAAGAAAUCCGCCCUAAAACUCCAAGACCCACGUACAAUCCGCAAAAUCGCCCUCCUAGACACGCACAUCUGUCUCGCCUUUGCCGGUCUCCAAGCCGACGCCCGCGUCCUCAUCGACAAAGCCCGUGUCGAGUGUCAAUCCUAUCGGUUGACUGUCGAGGAUCCGGUUAGUGUGGAGUAUAUUACGAGGUAUGUCGCUGGUGUGCAGCAGAGGUAUACGCAAAGUGGAGGUGUGAGGCCGUUUGGGCUUAGUACGUUGAUUGUUGGGUUUGAUCCUUCUGGGGAUGGUAUUCCGAGACUCUACCAAACUGAACCAUCGGGGAUUUAUUCGGCGUGGAAGGCGAACGCGAUCGGCCGUUCCUCUAAAACUGUCCGAGAAUUCCUCGAGCGUAAUUGGACUGACGACUUGGACCGCGAAGCUACGAUCAAACUCGCGAUCAAGUCUUUGUUGGAAGUCGUGCAGACUGGGGCGAAGAAUAUUGAGAUUGCGGUACUUGAGCAGGGGAAGGGGGUUGAGUAUGUUGAGGUUGCGGAGGUGGAGGAGUUGGUGAAGGUUAUCGAAGCGGAUAAGGAGGCGGAGGCGGCGAGGAAGAAGGCGGGGAGGGGAGGAGCGGGGGCACAGCCGACGAGUAGUGCUGCUAGUGGGAACACGGUGACAACGGAGACUGCUGGUGCUGCUGGUGCGUCGUAAUUGUAUUGGGGGGUGCUA